CGAGUAGUGAGCGUGUCCUAGAGAGAUCCAAACCUUGUCCUUGCAUUGAGGAACAUCCAGUAGCCUACUGCGGACAGAGCAAUCAAAGAUGGUUCGCGAAACUGGUUACUAUGAUCUCCUCGGAGUGAGCCCGAAAGCAUCGCCGGAUGAAAUCAAGAAAGCAUACAGAAAGCUGGCAUUGAAAUAUCAUCCGGACAAGAAUCCAAGCGAAGGAGAGAAAUUCAAGCUCAUAUCUCAGGCCUAUGAGGUUCUGUCAGAUCCUAAGAAGAGAGAUUUAUAUGACCAAGGUGGAGAACAGGCCAUCAAAGAAGGAGGCAUGGGAGGAGGUGAAUUCUCCUCACCUAUGGACAUUUUCAACAUGUUCUUUGGUGGUGGUGGCAGAACACAGAGAGAAAGAAGAGGAAAGAAUGUAGUUCACCAGCUGGGCGUCACACUGGAGGAAAUAUACAAUGGCUCUACGAGAAAACUUGGUCUGCAAAAGAAUGUGAUUUGUGAGAAAUGCGAGGGCUAUGGAGGAAAGAAGGGAGCUCUGGAGAAAUGUUCAACAUGCAAAGGACGGGGAGUUCAGAUCCAGGUGCAGCAGAUUGGACCAGGCAUGAUUCAACAGAUCCAAAGCAUGUGCUCUGACUGCCACGGACAAGGAGAGAGGUUUAACUCUAAGGACCGAUGCAAGAACUGCAAUGGGCACAAAGUAGAACGCAAGAAGAAGAUUUUAGAGGUCCACAUUGACAAAGGUAUGAAGGAUGGUCAGAAGAUCAUAUUCCAUGGAGAGGGUGAUCAGGAACCAGGACUGGAGCCUGGUGAUGUCAUUAUCGUUUUGGACCAGAAGGACCACCCUGUGUUCAAGAGACAGGAUGACAACUUGAUUAUGAAAAUGCAGAUCAAACUUGUAGAAGCUCUGUGUGGUUUUAAGAAGACAAUCCGAACACUAGAUAACAGGAUGCUCAUCAUCCACUCACCUCCAGGUCAAGUUAUAAAGCACGGCGAUAUUAAAUGUAUUCAGAAUGAGGGUAUGCCAAUAUACAGAGACCCCUACGACAAAGGCCUGCUCAUUAUUCAGUUUGCGGUGGAGUUCCCAGAGAAACACUGGCUCCCUGAACACAUGCUGCCGGAGCUGGAAAGGCUCCUUCCCAUGAGGGAAGACGUUAUGAUAUCCGAUGACAUGGAAGAGGUUGACCUCUGUGAAAUGGACUUUGAGUCUCAGAGGAGGAGUUACAGUGGAGAGGCAUAUGAGGAAGACGAACACCCAAGAGGCGGAGGGGUGCAGUGCCAGACUCAGUGAAUGUCAUAUAAACAACACGACCACUGUUGCAACAGCUUUUUAUAGAGUUAAUAUCCAUGUACAGUAAACAUCCAAAUUGUUAAACUGAAUUCCCAGAGAGACAGAUGAACAGAGGAACAGGAAUUAACACUUCCCCUCCCACAAAAAGCCUCACCCAAGCCUUAAAAGGUGGAAUUUCCUCAUAUGCUUUGCUUUACCAAUGCUAUAAACCGCAGCCUCCCUUGUGGUAUUAACACCUAUACCUUGCAGCACACACUCAUCAGGUGGAUCAUAUGAAAACGUUUGUUUUAGGGUAAAAUUUUACUUUCUUCUCUUUGGGAAUUGAAUUUAAUAGCAAGACCAUGUUUUUGCAUGUAUUUUUCAUACUUAGUGUUUGUUGAGGUAAGUGUUGUGGUGAUUUCUGUGUGGGUGUAUCGUUGGAGGCACUUAAAAGAUCAUAUUGCACAGAAAAUUUGUUUUUUUUCUUUGUACACAAGAGGGUUUUAUGAAGAUGGGUAUUUGUAUGCUUUCUGUGAAGG